GGGAGAUAAUUCUUUGUCUCGCACAUGUACUUCCGGUACAUAUUCGCAUGGUUGGUGUAAACUUCAGUUUGAAACUGAGAUAUGUCGACGGCUCCAAUCGCAGAAAGAAAUCAAGAUGCAACAGUAUAUGUUGGUGGCCUUGAUGAAAAGGUCACAGAGUCCACUCUGUGGGAGCUGUUCUUACAAGCAGGCCCAGUGGUGAAUGUGCACAUGCCCAAAGAUCGUGUGACCCAAGCACACCAAGGCUACGGUUUUGUGGAGUUUCUGGGUGAGGAGGAUGCAGACUAUGCAAUCAAAAUCAUGAACAUGAUCAAGCUGUAUGGAAAACCCAUUAGAGUUAACAAGGCAUCGGCUCACCAGAAAAACCUUGACAUUGGGGCCAACAUUUUCAUUGGUAACCUUGAUCCUGAAGUGGAUGAAAAGCUCUUAUAUGAUACAUUCAGUGCUUUUGGUGUUAUAUUACAAACCCCCAAGAUUAUGCGUGACCCAGACACAGGUAACUCCAAAGGCUAUGCUUUUAUCAACUUUGCAAGCUUUGAGGCUUCAGAUGCUGCUCUGGAGGCCAUGAAUGGCCAGUACUUAUGCAACCGCCCCAUCACCAUAUCAUAUGCUUUCAAAAAAGACACAAAGGGCGAGAGACAUGGCUCUGCUGCAGAACGACUUCUGGCUGCUCAGAAUCCCCUGUCACUGACAGACCGUCCUCACCAGCUUUUUGCAGAUGCUCCACCACCUCCUAUGCAGCCUCCUGGGCCUCCCUCUCAAUCAGUUCUUGUCCCACCACCCCCUCCUCCAAUGAGCAUGGGAAUGCCAGGAGGUAUGCCACCAUUGCAAGGAGGAAUGCCAACAGGUGCCGGUGGGAUUCCUCCUCCACCAGUUCCUCCAGCUCCUUCCAACAUGCCUCCUCCUCCAAUGCCUCCAUCAGGUGGCUUUGGAAUGCCGCCAGGAAUGCGUCCUUCACAUCCUGGUUUUGGCAAUCAAUACCCUCCUCCACCACCUAUGUCUAUGCAAGGCCAGGGACCUAACAGCUCAGGAAACCAAGGUCAACAGAACCAAAUGGUACAGCAGGGAGGCAUGGGACCAGGCAAUUAUAUGGGGAUGGGAGGCCCCCCACCUCCACCACCAGGCAUGCGGCCUCCACCAGGAUGGAGAGGUCCCCUCCUCCUCGAGGACCUAUGGACUUCCAAGGACGCAACAUGCCCCCAGGAAUGCGAGGUAUGCCACCAGUUCCACCACCAGGAAUGCGUGGACCAAUGCCUCCACCACCAGGCAUGAGACCAUUUCCACCUGGCAUGAGGCCUCCAGGUCCAGGAGGUCCGACGGGAGCACCAGGUAGUCAAGGGGGACCUGGAGGACCAGGUGGCCCUCCUCCUCCACCAAGAUUUUGAUGAAGCUUUGUUUCAUAUGGGAGAGAGAAAGUGCAAGUGAGAGAAAAGUGCUACAAACUGCAAGGAGGUCAUUAAUGAGACCACAUAUCUGACCACGUAUAAUUUCCAUAUUAUACAUUUCUGUCAAAGGAACUGUUGCCAUCUUCACUAAAAUGUGUGCAGAAAUAUUUUUUGAAGGCACAUUAGCAGCUGUAAGAUUUUCCUGAGCUGGCUAAUGUGAAAUUUCUUCCUUUGUUUUGGCACUAGUUAAUUGUGUCAAAGACAGGUAUUGAUUCCUCAUAGUGCACCAGUGACCAUCACAUCCUUUAACUUUGAGGUUGGGUAAAAGAGACUUUGAAGAAAUGUGCAUGAGCUGUAGUACUGCUGAAUGGGGUGUAUGUGCAUUGGCUGUGUGUGCACCUGCUCUUGUGAUUUGUUAGAUUUAUUCGUUAUUACAUAUUACUACACUUGAUCUGUCAGAGUUUGUUAAAGAUUUUUCUGUAAAAUCAUUCAGUAACAGAAAAUUGUGUUAAGCAUAGGAGGAACUUUAAAGAGUAUGGUCCUUCGUUGAUAACUUUUAAGUUAAAGUAAAUUUGUCAUUGAAGGCAGCAUUUUAAAAUUCUUAUAUUUUAAAUGUAGGCUUCCUUAAAUAUAAGCUCAAUAUGUUAAAAUUCAUCAAAGGUCCUUACAUAUUUUUUCACUUCCUUACUACAUCUUAAAGGGCGGUCUGGUGGCGUAAUAUAGUCUUGGUUCCUGGCUUCGGCUUAAAACCCACCUUCUCUUAGCAAGUUUGAAAAAAAUUGUACACUUUGGUACACAAAAACAUCUUUUAUAACAUAUUGAAAUAAAUGCGUAAUUAUCACACAUUGGUUUUUUUUCCCCCCUUCUUUUUGUAUCUUUUUUUUCAUUCCAAAUGCUGGAUUAUUUGCAUGACAUAGUACAUGUUUGUUUUCCACAGGAGGACAGAGAGGGAGACAAAAGUUAACAUUCAUUGUGUAAAUUCUUUAAGGUGCAAACUUAAAUUCAUUGCAAUAAUACUUUUAAAGAACAAGCUUCAA